CACGAACACGCCGCUGAUUUCUUGGUCAGCAAAUUUAACCCUCUUCCUAAAAAACGAAAAUGGGGUUUGGUUUGGUAAUAAUAAUAGUCAAAUUUUAAAGAUUUGCAACAUUAACGGGGUCAUUCAUUCAUACAUUCAUCAUCAAAUUCAUACAUAAACAUAACCCCAGAUUUGUUUCUUACGACUCUUUAAAGAUCCAACAACCUACCUUUUCUCUCUCCUCUUUUGUCUCCUUCAUCCUCCUUUGCUUUACUUACUACCAACAGCGUACCUUCUUUCUUCACCAACAAUUUUCUUUACUAGUUACAAGUUACAACCCAUUUCUUAAACAAUAACUCAAGAACAAGAGGGGUUUUGGGUUUGUUUUAACGAUCUUCCAUGGCGGCUCUUAAUGGACAUAAUCCCUUGUCUGGUACAAAUGGGAAAAUGAAGGAUGAUAAAUCACUGGUUGUUUGUUUCGGAGAAAUGUUGAUUGAUUUUGUGCCCACGGUUGCCGGGGUGUCGCUUGCUGAUGCACCUGCAUUUGCUAAAGCUGCUGGGGGUGCACCUGCUAAUGUUGCUGUCGGCAUAUCGCGAUUAGGAGGUUCUUCGGCCUUUGUUGGAAAGGUGGGGAAAGAUGAGUUUGGCUACAUGUUAGCUGACAUUUUGAAGCAAAAUAAAGUAAACAGUUCAGGCAUGAGAUUUGAUCCUGGGGCAAGGACAGCACUGGCAUUCGUUACAUUAAGAGCCGAUGGUGAGCGUGAAUUUCUCUUUUUCCGCAAUCCAAGUGCUGAUAUGCUCCUUCAAGAAUCCGAGCUUGAUAAAGACCUACUUGAAAAGGCAAGGAUCUUGCAUUAUGGUUCAAUUAGUUUGAUAGAUGAACCUUGCAGAUCAGCUCAUCUUGCUGCAAUGGGCAUUGUGAAGAAGGCAGGUGGUUUCCUUUCUUAUGAUCCGAACCUGCGGAAGCAAUUAUGGCCAUCAGAAGAAGCUGCCCGGGUUGGCAUAAUGAGCAUAUGGGAUCAAGCAGAUAUGAUUAAGGUAAGUGAAGACGAAAUAACAUUUUUGACUAGAGGUGAGGAUCCAUAUGAUGACGAUGUUGUUAUGAAGCUCUUUCAUCCCAAUCUUAAGCUCUUGAUUGUGACCGAAGGGUCAGAAGGUUGCAGAUACUACACUCAGACGUUUAAGGGUAGGGUUGAUAGCGUGAAAGUCAAACCUGUGGACACAACCGGUGCAGGCGAUGCAUUUGUGGGAGGCUUUCUGAAUAUUUUAGUUUCUGACUUGAAAUUAUUGAAGGACGAAAAGCGGUUAAAGGAGGCUUUGUAUUUUGCAAACGCAUGUGGUGCUGUUACGGUUACAAAGAGAGGAGCGAUUCCCGGUUUACCAACAAAAGAUGAGGUCCUUCAAAUCUUGCAACAAGUGUUGAUUACAGAAAAAAUCUAGGUUACAGUCAUUUUUGAGUAACUUUUGUGUAUUUGAUGUAAUUCUAGGCUGAUAGUUUCCCCUUUUUUUAGGGUGCCACAUAUAUAACAUGUUCUUUUUGUUACAACUUCCAAUAGCUUUUUUCGGGUUUAAUUUGAUAGGUUUCCUCCUAUUUCAGACUGAACAGAAGUUGUUUAACUUGUAACAUUGUCAAGCUAAUUCUUUUAGCUUGUGUGAUUGUUGGUGUAUAACACCCCUUUCAGAAUAAAAAGGCGCUAUUCUUGUGAUAGUUGCACCAUUUUGACUAAA